GGCGACAGCCGAGGCCCCCACCCAAGCUCUCGGCCAGAGGCCAGGGGUCCCCUGGACUUCUCCCUCCUUUCGCUGUUCCCUUCUGGGCGGUGCAGUUCUUCAGGAGCGGGGGAUGCUGUUGGCAGCUGGAAUAGGAGGACGAGGAGGAGGAGGACUGUUGGUGGCCCGAGACCCUUGGUUUAGGGGGUGGUAUUUAUUUUCACAGCUGUGUUUUUGUGAGUGGAGGGGAAAAGCUUACAGAAAUUCCUGCUUUUUUAUUUUCCCAAAUGAGCGAGAACCCUCUGGCCUUAUUCCUUAAUGUUAAGGGGAGAUGGACGCUGCCUCAGAGGACAUCAUCCCCUGACUCCAUGUCCCCCAGAACUGAGGCUGGGUGGAGGGCCCCAGGCAGUCUAACGGGCUGGCCUGCAGGCAGAUUUUCAAAUAACGUCUUGCCUCUCCAAGCGUCCAUGUCACAUGCCAUGCCCCUCUUUUCUGGGUUGAGGGUGAGGAAACCGGAGGAGAACUGAAAUUAUCCUCUUGACUUUGGGAAACGUCUGAUCCUAUUCAUGCAGGUUACUUACUUUACGUGUGUUUCUAAUCUGCAUAAAUUUUUUUUUCUGGUACCAAAGGUCCAUUGGAAGGAAAGCAUCCAACACCCAAAUGUGACUUUGUGUCUUUGGUUCAUGGUGGUGUCCAACUCUUUCAUUUGUAUGCAUUUGAAGAAGACAAGGAUAGCAAGUUUUUUUUUGUUUGUUUGUUUUUCGUUUUUUUUUUUUUUUUUUUUUGUCUUUGACACACAUACUGGUGCUAAGCAGUUUAAGGGAGUCUGGCCUUAUAGAAUUUUGGAAUAAAUGCAGUUUGAAAGGGAAAGAUGCUUUCUUUUAGGAUAAGGCACUGCCAGCUAUCCUUAGAGAUGAGUGAUUUUGGAGAUGAAGCUAUAUAGAAAGAAAUAUACAGGGAGAAGGCAGUACAUCCUGGAAAAUAAUUGCAAGAACAGGCUCCUCUGUUGUAUCUGAUUAUCAAUAAGUUUAGUUGCUGCCCCUUGUGGAUAACACUUCUUUGCCUCUGCCAUAAUUUAUUGCUUACUUUAACCCUUUCUUAAUCUGCUUAAACUUUCAACACAACCAAGCUGAUGUUUUGUCAUUCUGAGGUCCUCCAGAAACAUUAAUAAAGACACGUAGGUCAUGCCCCCUCCCCUGGGGCCCCCUGACAUUCAGCUCCAGGACUGCUAUGCACAGAAGGCCGAGAUUGUGUCACCUUGCAAGGAUGAUGGUGGUCAGAGCAAUGCCCAGAGCACAACUGGAGCGGUGGAGACAUUGCAGGCACUUAGGCCUACGAUUCAGAGAUGAUGUUUCUACGAUGGUUGUAUUGGGGGUUCAAGGAAGCCAGAAUUAGUUCUGUUUGUCACAGUUGAUUCAAACCAUAUAUAGAAGUGAAAGCAUAGUUCACAACAAAGAUAUAAACUCAACGAAUAGGUCCUUUCCUUAAGAACAGCUUGUUUAUAUGUGUGUUAUGGGUGUUUAUGGGGGAAGAGACAGAUUUGGUCAUCUGGGAAAUAUCGUGUCGAUAUGCCAGUCCACAUACCUACAAUACAUCUUUCAUCCUGGGAAUGAAAAAGAGCCCCCGGCAACACAUGUUUCACAUCACAGCGAACAGCUGAAGCAAUUUUUUUUGGUAAUUUAAUAUUAAAUAUUAGUAGAGACAGCGUAUAUGGUGCUGUUAUUUCAGUUAUUGAUUAAAAAUAAACUUUAGGCAAGUAACUUUCUUUACCUUUCUCAUCUGUAAAAUGGGGACAAUAAGGCCUAAUGCUACAGUCAGUGUCCACUAUAAUAAGCAUAUUUUCAAUGGCUUUCUUUUUCAAGAAAGAUUUCCAAGCCACUGGUCAUCUUUUGUAUGUAACCUUCAAUACAACAAAAUUUCAACUGGCCAAAGAAAUUGGGCAGUCUUCUGCCUUUCAUUGUAAAGAGGUUUGAUUUCUAGCACCAUUAUUUAUUAUCUUGGAGAAAAUAAAGACAGAAACUUGAAAAAAUACAUAGGCUAUAAUCAACUAUUUUUUUUUUCUGGACAUUUAGUUGCUUAUAUGUGAACAUUAUACCCAUACCUCAGAGAGGAAAACAGAGUUACAGGAAAGGUAAAUAAUUGACAUAAAAAUAGGUAGUGAGCCAGUGGCUGAAGUAUAAUCAAUUCCUGUUUCUAACUUCUCAAUGUAUAUUGCUUUGAGUAAUGUUGCAAGUUACCUUCCAAAAGCUCAGCAAAGAAACCUCAACUGAGACUUAACUUGCAGGUGCAAAGGAAGGAGGGGAGAAACAGUUUCUGGGCAGGGCUGUCUGCUUUUGUUGGUGGAAGGAUAAGACACUGGCUAAGUGUGGAUUUGCCUUGCCCGUCGACCAUAUAGGACAUGUGUUUAAAGUUUAACUUCUUACAGCCUAGCUUUUUAUCCGCAGCUGCGACUUAAAUAUUUGUCAGAAUGAUUUCUUUGGGUUGCUUAGUUUCUUAUGCAAGGAGACAGCUAGCGUGGGAUCUUAUCUGCCUUAAAUGAUUAAACCAGAAUUUCCUCCUCAUCCCCUCCCCAAUUCAUGAGUGCCAAACAGAGGCAGCAAGGAAGUGGGGUGUCCAAAAAGGAGCCGCAAGACCUGGAUUAUUUGUCUUCCUGGCUAGGACCUGACCAAGAAUCUUUAUGCACUUUUAUUCUAUUUUGAGACUUCACAGGAGUUUGACAGUGUUAAGUACCAAAUUAACAUAUACUCUGAAAUAACAUUAGAAUUGACUUUUCCUUGCAAAUGUAAGUGCAAGGUGGGAUAUGCUGUCUGAUUGCAACAGUGUGAUUGCAAGAAUCUUAAAUAGCUUAAAAACAAGCAGCCAUUGGGUUCACUCCUGGUUCUCUCCUGGUGGAGCCUGCUGCGAGGGGCUGGGUGCCAAAGCCAACACAUUCCCAAGACACUUAAUUUUUCCUUGCCUUCACCACUGUGCUUUACCUUCUUGGUGAGGUGAGCUUAAUGCCUAGAUAAAAGCAGGAGCUCUAAUCCUGGAUAUUCCGUUUUAUAAGAAUCAAAGGAUCAGCUUCUUACCCCUUCCGCCCCCAGCAGAGGGUGUCCAUCCGUCGGGAGCAUGCAUUGUACUUAGAGAUAGGAAGAAGCUUUGUCCUUGCUCAGCUUGGUCUGUCUUUGUUUCUUCAUCAGUGUAGACAAGAAAGAAGGGCAGAGCUGCCCAGGCUAUGAGAUCACUUGCUCACUGUGCUCCCAGAUCCCCGCCGACCAUACUCCAUUAGUGACUAAAGAGCCCUGUGGUUCAGAGCAGCGACUCUGGAGCCAGCCUGUCUGGAUUUGAAUCUCAGCUCGGUCACUUAGUAGCUGUGUGACUUUGGACAAAUGACUUAAUCUCUCUGUGCCUCAGCUCCUGCAUCUAUAAAAUGAGUGUAAUCAUUCUACUUCAUAGCAUGAAUAUGAGGAUUAAAUCUGUAAAUCUGUGCAAAAUCUUAAAACAGUGCCUGAUCCAUUAUAACCCUUAACAGUUAACUAGAAAACAAGUCAACAAAAAAUGAUCGUGACCAGUGUAGAAUUUUCAGAGGCCCUUGAAAUGUUUGUUAGGAGGUAAGGUGGCUGUAUUAUGUAUCUCCUGAUAACCUAUUAUUUGAGAGGGAAAGAAGAGUAAAGUUAAAGAGGACUUUUUCACCUGCUUAGCUGAGAUCUCAUGCCCAUGAAGCUUCAUUCUGUUCUCCAGGGAGCAAACAGUGAGAGGUAACUUUCAGAGUGUCUUGAAGUCCAUCUCUCACAGUUAGAGGCACAGGGGUUUGCCAGUUACUUUGGGUGAUGCAGAUUGUCAUUGUUACCUCAGAGCAGGAAGGCGACCAAGUCUAGGGGCAAGGGGAACAUUUGCAGGUUUGUUGGAAAAGUCAAGUUUUCAGUUAUGCAGGGCUGAGAAAUGCAUCAUGUCCAGUUAUUAUAAAGCAUCUCCUAUUUUAUUUAUUUGGUUGGCAGAGCUUGCAUUCCUGGCAUUUUUGCUUGGUGUUGCUGUUUUUUUUUUUUUUUUCCUCUUAAAGAGGCCAGACCACCCUGUAGGAGCAUUGCCUCCCUUUAGGAGACAAACUAGCCCGUCGUGAACCUCCCAGAGCCCAGCUCACUUUGGGCUCUGUCAAAUCUCUGCAAAACUGAGAGCUGCUCAGUGUAGGUUAGGAUUUUUCAGGAGAGUUUCCCUGUUUCAGAGUGCCCCGGAUAACUCUACAAUGGCUACAGUGACAGUAUAAUUACAGAUGUCUCUCCGGUUUGUGUAAUGAAUAACCCAUGGCUGUGGUGGCAUUCCAUGAACUUGCACUGAAAGUAGUAGUUCUUGUCAUUCAAAAGUUGUUGGGAUAUUUCUUAAGCACACAUUGAGUCUGCAUUGUGUGCUGGGUACAGUCAGCUGAAAGAGCACUUUGAUGCUUCACCCUUACUCUAAGGUGUCGUGGGAGUAUUAUUUUCUCCAUUUUUCAGAUGAGGAAAUUGAGAUUCUGAGAGAUGCAUACUUUGCUUAAGACCACACUCUAGAAAUUUAUAAACUGAUGAGAUGUUGUAGGCAUUAUGUACCUAAAAUAAAAGCGCUAUGUUAUUUUAAAAAACUCUGGAAAUUAGAACACAGCAGAUAAGUGGCAGUGGUGGUUGGUGCUCUGGGGGUUCAGGAGGCACAGUGGCUCCCUGCUCUUUCGGCAAGACUCCCCUGAGCUGACUUAGGUGUCCUCAUUGUUAGCCCAGUGCCUCCUAUGGCUUGGAGAAAGCGUCCAUCCUGUGGGCUGUCUCCAGGCCUGGCAGUCCAAAUGUGUUGCUUUAGAAAGAUGUUUAAAAGUUCCAGCAAUGCUUACCUCAGAUUGAAAGACAAAGAACCAGGAUUCUUGUUUUUCCAUCAUCUUCCAGGUGGCCUUGGCUCCCUCACAGGUGGGAAGGUGAUUAUGUUCACCUCCAAGGUCAGUCCUUCACUGAGCCUCCAGAUUCUGCCCAUCUCUUCUCUUUCAUCACGGACAUUGCUGUGUAUUGAAUCUCUCACAAUCAGGGUGAUGAGACUUAGCUUGGCAAACGAGUUCAUUUUCUUAAGGCAGUUAAAGUUUAAUUUUCCUGCCUGCAGAGAGGCCUUAGUUAGUUGCAUUUGCUACUUAGGCCUCAAAUAAAUUUUGUUUUUUCCCCUAAAAUUUAGUUUUUUUAAAAAGUCCAUUCCAUGCAUCAGGGCACAUGGUCUGUUGUUGUCCUGGCACAAGGAAGGAAGGACAGCCCCAGGUGUCUGUCUACCUGUAGACCUGCCAGCUGUCCCAGCCCUUGGCUCACAGACAGUCACACUCUCCUGCCACUUGUUGAGGGUUAAGGCAUUGGUUUCUUUAUUACUGCAUUGCAGGGAACAUUUGCCGGAAUAAUUAGUAUGUGCCCACACUCUCACCUCAGAGAUAAAUUUGUAUAUGAACAGCAUCAUCUCCAUAUUUUUGUUUAGCUGCUCCUUAACGAAAACCUCGGCUCCAUUUCCCUGCUCACAGGGAACCUCUGAUAGCAAUUGCCUGUAUGUUUGCCGUGUUCUAGGUCUACUCUUCACUCACAGCUGUUAAGCUGUUCUUAACUGAGGGUUAGGAAUGUCAAGGCUAUUCCCAGAUCUAUCAUUUUUACUUGUCAUGUGCCUGUAGCUACUUUCUGCCUUUUUUUUUUUUUUUUUUUUUUUUUUUUUUUCUGUUGGGUUGAUGAUAUCUUUUUAAAACUUCAGUGGAUGUUUUCCAAAUUGCAUAAACAGGCUGUUUCUACUUGGCUGCUUUUCUGAAGCCUUUGCCUAUCUGCAUCGCCUUUUCCUUCUCAUUGUAUAGUUUAUAAUCUCCAUGCAGAUAUAGAAAGAAAUAGGUCUGUAGGGUAGAUUGUGGUAGGUCUGGUUUCAUUGGCAGAGAACCAUGCUUACAAACACGCUCAAAAUAUUGCUAUUCAAGCCAUAAAUAUUUUAUUGAUCAUUUGGCCAACUCUGUCGUAUUUCCCAGGUGCUUUCCAGUGUCUACUGCUUGGGUGCAAGCCUGUCACUUGACACUUCAAAUGUGGCUUAUUACUGCCCUGUUCAUUUUUCUCAAUUGUUCUUUCUUGUAGACUUUGAUACUGUCUCUAAGAGUUGUAAAAUAUUGACCCAGAUAGUGCUCUUCUUAGACCCAAAGUAGCACUAGAAAUUUUAAGGCUGUUAGACUUCAGAUCAUAAUGGUGUAGAGAUAGGAAAAUCAUAUAAUUUACCACCUAAGCUGGGGUAUCUUUGAGAGUAUAAAGGGGCAUUAUUAAUAAUUGCAUCAGCAUGAUAGACAUUAACUGGGGCACUCCCCACAGAUGAGGGUCACCCGAGUUAGACACUAAAUUUGGUCAAUGGUACUUUCUAGAAUAUCUUCUCCAAAUUGCUGAUUUUAGGGUUUAGACCAUCUAAGUAAGCUAAUAGUGCAUGAUUAAAAGUUUGAAGCCCUUUAAGUUCGGUAUGGUUUCCCCCAAACAUGAAUUACAUUUUAAAUUUGUUUCUCAGCAUCUGAGAAACCCAAAUCAACCUCAAACAAGUUCACUUCAAGUAUUUGAAACCUCUUGGUAGCUAUGAUAAGCCAUUGAUUUUUGCUUUGCAAGGUUCUGUGGAGAAACUGUAAACUCUGCAUGUGUGUGUUUGUGUGUGUGUGUGUGUGUGUGUGUGUGUGACAGAUACAACUGAACUUUGAAGUAGAGGGAAGUGUCUUCAUUACACAAGUGAAGACAAUUACAAUUUUUGUUUUGUUUUGUUUAAAUGUUUAUUGAAGAUGAGAAAUUUUACUUUGGGCUAAAAAGGGCCAAAAACAUGUUAUGUUUUCUUUUUGUACCAUUAAAGUAGACAAAAACAAAAGCAAAAAUAAAAAACAUACCCUCAAUUCUUUAGGAGGGGAGGAAGGGAAUGGUGUAGUAAUUGCAAAAUUCUUUUUGAAUUAAAAAAAUACAAGAAAAGGAAUGUGGAUAGGAAAAGAGUAAGAAAAUGUGAAAGAACUAAUGAAAGAAUGAAUGAAAGGAAACUAUAAAACAAAAAGAUGAACGAAUUUAAGUAAUGUUACAUAGACUUUUGGAAAAGCCUCCAUCUGGGCCAAGCAUUACACCUGGUUAGGAAUUCCAGGCUCAGGUGGUCCCAUGGGCAGUAUUGGGUCUGUUGUUUCUACUCCUUGCCUGUGGUCAUUUCUGAGUACUUUAAAUCUCUCAUGGGUGAAUGGCUGGUUAGGAAAACUCAGAUGAAGUCCUUCCUGAGUUCCAGGUGCUUCCACGGCAAAAAAUGCAGGAGGACCAGUGUUUAAAUUUAUGAAGAUAUGUGUGGAUCAAUGACCGUUUGUAUUUUCUGUGUUUGUUAAGCUCUCUCUUGCAACAAUGGUAAGUUAGUCUCAUAGGUCAGCUUCAUGGGAAACAUGGGCACUUCUGAAGCAUUUGAAGGAGGUGUAAGAACAGGGAAAGGAUUAUUUUCCAUAUGGACAGCAGCGUGGGAAGAAUGCUGCAAGUUUGGAAUGAAUGAGAUGCUUAGAUAAACAUGAAGGAAAAAACUUACUUGUGGAAAGGGAUGAAGGAAGGAAGUAGGAGGCCAGGACCCAAAGAGCAUUUUGAACCUCAGGAUGAAUUUUGCCUUUGAAAGUAGGGAUAUUUAAGGGCAGAGCAGAGUUAUUGAGUAGGCUUAUGAGCUAGGUAAUUUUUUUUGUGUGUGUUACUUUCCCUCCCACUCAUACUGUUAGUUGUUAAAACCUGUGUAUCAGUUUAUCAGAAUAAGCGUUAAACCUCAGAGAAGAUGACAAAAUCGAUCAGGUACAUAUUUUCAAGGCACAAAUGGAAAAUAAAAAACCUCGGUCAGGCACAGAAAUCUUCUAAGCCUGAUAUGGAAUGUGCAGAUGUCCCACUCUUAACUCCAAGCAGCAAAGAAAUGAUGUCUCAAGCAUUAAAAGCUACUUUCAGUGGUUUCACUAAAGAACAGCAACGACUGGGGAUCCCAAAAGACCCCCGGCAGUGGACAGAAACUCAUGUUCGGGACUGGGUGAUGUGGGCUGUGAAUGAAUUCAGCCUGAAGGGCGUGGACUUCCAGAAGUUCUGUAUGAACGGAGCAGCCCUCUGUGCCCUGGGUAAAGACUGCUUUCUCGAGCUGGCCCCAGACUUUGUUGGGGACAUCUUAUGGGAACAUCUAGAGAUCCUGCAGAAAGAAGAUGUGAAACCAUAUCAAGUUAAUGGAGUCAACCCAACCUAUCCAGAAUCCCGCUAUACCUCGGAUUACUUCAUUAGCUAUGGUAUUGAGCAUGCCCAGUGUGUUCCACCAUCGGAGUUCUCAGAGCCCAGCUUCAUCACAGAGUCCUACCAGACACUCCAUCCCAUCAGCUCGGAAGAACUCCUCUCCCUCAAGUAUGAGAACGACUACCCUUCGGUCAUUCUCCGGGACCCUCUCCAGACAGACACCUUGCAGAACGACUACUUUGCUAUCAAACAAGAAGUCGUCACCCCAGACAACAUGUGCAUGGGGAGAACCAGUCGUGGUAAACUCGGGGGCCAGGACUCUUUUGAGAGCAUAGAGAGCUACGAUAGUUGUGAUCGUCUCACCCAGUCCUGGAGCAGCCAGUCAUCUUUCAACAGCCUGCAGCGUGUUCCCUCCUAUGACAGCUUCGACUCAGAGGACUAUCCAGCUGCCCUGCCCAACCACAAGCCCAAGGGCACCUUCAAGGACUAUGUGCGGGACCGUGCUGACCUCAACAAGGACAAACCUGUCAUUCCUGCUGCUGCCCUAGCUGGCUACACAGGCAGUGGACCAAUCCAGCUGUGGCAGUUUCUUCUGGAAUUACUCACUGAUAAAUCCUGUCAGUCUUUUAUCAGCUGGACAGGAGAUGGCUGGGAAUUCAAACUUUCUGACCCAGAUGAGGUGGCCAGGAGAUGGGGAAAGAGGAAAAACAAACCUAAGAUGAAUUAUGAGAAACUGAGCCGUGGCCUACGCUACUAUUACGACAAAAACAUCAUCCACAAGACAGCAGGGAAACGCUACGUGUACCGCUUUGUAUGUGACCUGCAGAGCCUGCUGGGAUACACCCCUGAGGAGCUGCACGCCAUGCUGGAUGUCAAGCCAGAUGCCGAUGAGUGAUAGCACUGAAGGGGCUGGGGGAACCCUGCUGAGACCUUCCCAGGACAGCCACGUUGGUUGGACUCUUGAAUUUUUAAUUGUUAUUCUAUUUUUUAUUUUCCAGAACUCAUUUUUUACCUUCAGGGGUGGGAGCUAAGUCAGUUGCAGCUGUAAUCAAUUGUGCGCAGUUGGAAAAGGAAAGCCAGGACUUGUGGGGUGGGUGGGACCAGAAAUUCUUGAGCAAAUUUUUGGGAGAGGAAGAAGGGUCUUCUCAGAAGCUUGAAGGCUCUGGCUUAAGAGAGGAAGAGACUAAUGUGUCCAAUCAUGUUUAAAAAUCAUCCAUGAAAAAGUGUCUUGAGUUGUGGACCCAUUAGCAAGAGACAUUGUCACGUCAGAACUCAUGAAACUGAUGUAAGGCAAUUAAUUUGCUUUUGUUUUUAGAUCUGGGAGGGCAAAAAAGAGGUGGGUGGGAUGAAACAUGUUUUGGGGUGGGAUGUACUCAAAACUGAGAACUAUUUACCUUUCACUCUAGUUUUGAAACAAAGAUGGACUUCGGUGGGGAGGGGCCAAAACCAUUGUUGUGUUCAAAUUUAUUUUAUUAAAUUUUGUGCCAGUAUUUUUUUUCUUAAAAAUCGUCUUAAGCUCUAAGGUGGUCUCAGUAUUGCAAUAUCAUGUAAGUUUGUUUUUAUUUGCCGGCUGAGGAUUCUGUCACAGUGAAAGAAAACUGUUUAUAUAGACCCCAUUGGAAAAGCAAAACGCUCUCACUGAGAUCAGGGAUCCCAAAUUCAUGGGACUUAUAAAAGAAGGACAAUUCAUGCUGAUUUGAGUACAGGGGAAUGAUGUGUGUGAAUGUCAUCAACAAUUAAAAAAGUAUUAUCACAUUCCUUUACUUACUUGUUAUUAGUGGAUUCUCGGGGUUUGGACUUAAUGUUGAGUUAAGAAGCAUUAAGUCUUUGAACUGAAUGUAUUUUGCAUCCCUGGUUAUGGACCACAGUAAACGUAGGAGCACUGUUGAAGUCAUGGAAAGGAAAUCGAAGGAGGAAGAUUGACUUGGUUCUUUCUUAGUCCUAUACCUGUAGCAUAGAUGACUUGGAAUAAAAGCUGUAUGCAUGGGCAUUACCCCUCAGGUCUUAAGAAAUAAGUCCUGAAUGCAUGUCGUUCUAAAUUAGCACCCUGUAAUUUUUCUUUUAUGUCUUAUUUUCUGAGAAUCCUCCAUUUUUUGCACCGCCCCCUCCCCACUCUGUUAUUCAGUAGAGAGAAAUGUACGGCUUUCUGAUUGGUGAGUGAAAGAGUAACUGGAGACAUGACAUAAGUUGAAGAGUUUAGACCUGCUGAGUUUUAGAAGCGAUGGGAAUUAAGAGAGCAUUUCAAUAAAGUGUGAUUUGGCUGUCUUUGGAAGAGAAGCGCAAAGCUUUCCUUUGAAGAAUUUAAAUUAGUGCGGUAGGAUGUCAGGUGAGACAGUACAUGCAAAGUGAAUGGUACAGGUGGUGCUAGGGCCUCAUGCUUGGGGCUGAUGUCUUGGCACAGGGUAAGUGAAGGUUAAUUCCAGAAGAGAGGAAUGACUUGAAGGCAAAGGAAACAAAGGAAGGAGGUUCAGUGAAGAAAAUAAGGUUGUCCAUGAGAUUUGAAUAGAUUUUUAGUUCCCCCAAAUUUUAAAUACAAACUUAGUCAAGCGAGGUAGUCAUCUUUCUGCUGGUUGUGAGGGUGGAUCUGAAAAUGGAGUUUUGGGGGAAAAAUCAACAUCUAACUAGUGAGGAAAAGUGCCUAACACAAUUAGAAUCUCCUCACUCUAUAGUUGCCCAGUUGAAAGGAUGAGGAAGGGGGGCAACUUUAUGGACUUCCAUGAGAGAACGGAAGAAACAUUUCAGAUGCGCUUCUCAGGGCUGGCCCUUUUUGGGAUUUGGAUGGGAAAUAGGAAGUACUAACUACUUUCUAGCAUAUCUUCAAGAAAGUUGAUUGUUGUUUACUCCCAGAUCCUCUUGAAGACCCAGAAUUAUCAGGAACAUAUAGCUCUGUGAUUCAUGAGUGUCCCCAUACUGAUGAAUUGGAGUGUCUGCAUGGAAAGCAAAGGCAGAAUUAUCCCAGCUGUGUAUUUUGAUCUUUUGGAUGCAGGUGCCUUAAUGAAGCUCUCAAAAUAUUUUAGGAGCUGCUCAGGGAGUGUUGGGUGGAACUGUUUGGACUACAUUGUUUUCUCUUAGAUUAUGUGAUUUUUGUUGGGCACUGGCAAAAGGUGUGUGUGAAUGUGUGCAUGUGUGUGAGUGGUGUGUGUGUGUGUGUGUUUGUGUGUGUUUGCAGACAUGCAAAUCUGCAGCUGAAAUAAUACCUGAGAUAUCUAGUUAAGUCUUUCCACAUUUCAAUAAUGGUUAAGAGUAGAACCAAGGCCGGGUAUCAGUUAUUGCUUGCUGUUUGCAACCAGGCAUAAAAUCACUUUCUCAAAUCAUCCACCUUUCCUGUUAGAUUUAUGUUGGAAACUCCCCUUCUGUGAGUAUAACUCUUGCAAUUCCUAUAGCAGAUAAGAUAUUAGAAAGUGCCUCCUAGUGCUCCUCCACCUGCCUGUUUGCUGAGAUUCCCUUUCUCUCUCGGUCCACCAUUUUCAGGAUUUGUAGAUAGUGUAUUAGUUAAGACAGCUUUGUUGAUCUGGCCAGAUGUUUUUUCUCCUUUGUCCAAAGGCCAGAGAUCAUCCCAGGAAGAGUGGUGGGUGGUUUAUACACUGGAAAUGUUGCGUUUAUGCUUUUUAAAAACACACGUUAACUUCAGAGGAAGGAUGGGCAAAUCUGGUCUAGCUGGGUGAAACCCUUAUUUUCCCAGAGAUGCCUUAACCUUUGUUGGUUUUGGCUUUAGGGUUCAGAGUCACUUUUGUUCCCUUCUCCAUUCUGGGGAGGGACUUCCCUACAUAGAGCCCUGAUUUUGUGGCCGUGGGGAUUGGAGGUAGCAUUCAAAGAUCAGAUGUGCUUUUCCUCACUUUGGAGAUGAACACUCUGGGUUUUAGAGCAUUAACCUGCCUAACCUUCAUGGUGAGAAAUAUACCUUCUCUCUUCUAGUCAUGCUGUGCAUGCUGCUUCCUCUGUUGGGGUCUAUAUAAAUUUGUUGAAGUCUUACCUACAUUCCAAAGAAGUUUCAAGGAACCAUAAAUAUAUGUAUACAUAUACAUAUAUAAAAUAUAUAUAUUAAAAUAAAAUUAUCAGGAAUACUGCCUCAGUUAUUGAAUUUUUUUUUAAGAAUACUUUUUUUUUAAGCUGAGAAGUAUAGGGAUGAAAAAGAUGUUAUAUUGUGUUUGACUAUUUUCCAACUUGUAUUUUCAUAUAAUUUAUAUUUUUUAAAAGCUGAAAAUUUAAAAGCAAGAUAAAAAAAAGGAAAAGCAGGUGCUUUUUAAAAAUCAGAACUGAGGUAGCUUAGAGAUGUAGCGAUGUAAGUGUCAAUGUGUUUUUUUAAAAAAAAUGCAAAAAAAUUCUUAUGGCGGAGUUUUUUGUUUGUUUAUUUUAGUAGCUGAUGCUGGCACAUCAUUUUGCUGGAGAGUUUUUUAUAUACUGUAGCCUGAUUUCAUAUUGUAUUUUAAACUGUGUGAAAUUAAAAACAAAGAAUUUCAUUCAUAA